AUGCCAGCUGAGCCCAAGGCCCAGCCACCCCAGCCACCCCAGCCAGCCCAGCCAGCCCAGGCACAGAAAAGUGUACAUGUUGUCUCAGUUGUGGUCUCAGAUAGUGCGGAACAGAGAAGAGAUGCCAUUUUCAGAUUCCUGACCCAUGGAAUCCAUAAACGUGGUAAUGACAUGGGGAACAAGGGGUUGCAGGGGUUUGGGCAUGUGAGCGUGGCACACCUCCUUUUGGAGCACGGAGCUGAUGUCAAUGCCCAGAACCGGCUGGGGGCCAGUGUGCUCUCAGUGGCCUCUCGGGGUGGCCAUCUGGGUGUGGUGAAGCUGCUUCUGGAAGCUGGAGCCUUCGUGGACCAUCCCAACCUCUCAGGCGAGCAGCCAGGGACAGCGAGCAGCAGGGACGAGCUGCUGGACAUCACAGCCCUGAUGGCCGCCAUCCAGCACGGGCACGAGGCCGUGGUGCGUCUGCUGAUGGAGUGGGGCGCGAACCCCAACCACAUGGCCCGGACUGUGGGCUGGAGCCCGCUGAUGCUGGCGGCUCUCACUGGGAGGCUCGGCGUGGCCCAGCAGCUGGUAGAGAAGGGAGCCAACCCUGACCACCUCAGUGUGCUGGAGAAGACUGCCUUCGAGGUUGCGCUGGACCGCAGACAUAGGGACCUUGCAGACUACCUGGACCCGCUGACCACCGUGAGGCCCAAGACAGAUGAGGAGAAAAGGCGACCUGAUAUUUUCCAUGCAUUGAAAAUGGGAAACUUCCAGUUGGUCAAAGAGAUUGCUGACGAAGACCCCAACCACGUGAACCUGGUCAAUGGGGACGGGGCGACCCCUCUGAUGCUGGCAGCUGUCACGGGGCAGCUGCCUCUGGUGCAGCUGCUGGUGGAGAGGCACGCUGACGUCGACAAGCAGGACAGCGUGCACGGCUGGACGGCCCUCAUGCAGGCCACCUACCACGGGUCAGUGCCACUCCUCUGCCUCAGUGAGGACGAGGAGCAGAUGCUCUGA